AUGGUCGAGCCGAUUGCGGUUGUCGGGUCCUCUUGUCGGUUCCCUGGGGGCGCUUCUUCUCCAUCCAAACUAUGGCAACUUCUCAAGAAUCCAAGAGACAUCCUUUCCGACAUUCCUCAGGGUCGGCUGGGCUUGGGUGCGUUCUACCACGAGGAUGGCGAGCAUCAUGGCUCGACAAAUGUGGUGGCAAAGGCGUAUCUACUCGAGGAGGACCCUCGGCUGUUCGAUGCUCCGUUCUUCAAUAUAAAUCCCGUCGAGUCACACGCAAUGGAUCCGCAGCAGCGUCUUUUAUUGGAAAGCGUUUAUGAGUGUAUCGAAGCUGCCGGAUACCCGCUGCACAGAAUACAAGGAAGUGCUACAGCCGUCUACGUUGGCUGCAUGACGAAUGAUUAUCACGACAUCCAAGGACGAGAUAUAGAAGUCGUGAAUCGAUACCACGGAACUGGCUCAACUCGCAGCAUUCUUUCCAACCGGAUCAGUUACUAUUUCGACUUCCGGGGCCCGUCGGUCACCAUGGACACAGCUUGCUCUUCCUCCCUGGCUGCGCUUCACUUUGCAGUGCAGUCUCUGCGUUCUGGCGAGUCCACAAGCGCGAUGGUUGGUGGUGUCAACUUGAUUUUUGAUAGCGUCGCGUACAUUUCCGAAUCGAAGCUUCACAUGCUGUCACCAACAUCACGAAGCUCCAUGUGGGAUGCUUCGGCAGACGGGUACGCUCGAGGCGAAGGUGUCUCAGCGCUGAUGUUGAAGACGCUUGCACAGGCGGAGGCCGAUGGGGACCACAUCGAGUGCGUAAUUCGAGAGACCGGCAUGAACCAGGAUGGUAGAACGACAGGCUUGACCAUGCCCAGUGGCGAGGCGCAAGCAACUCUCAUUCGCGAGACAUACGCUCGUGCGGGCCUUGAUUUACGAUCAAGGUGUGAUCGUCCGCAAUAUUUCGAGGCUCACGGGACUGGAACGCUAGCGGGCGAUCCGCAAGAAGCUGGUGGCAUUUACAAUGCAUUUUUCGAAGACUCCACCGGCGAAACCUACGCCGAAGGCGUCGACAACGAAAGACUGUUCUGCGGCUCCAUCAAGACUGUGAUAGGCCAUCUCGAAGGUUGUGCCGGCCUUGCAGGAAUUAUGAAAGCAUCCCUAGCCGUACAACAUGGCAUCAUUCCGCCAAAUAUGCUCUUCACGUCACUGAAUCCAGAUAUCGCGCCGUAUUACCAUCGUCUCCAAGUGCCAACAGAGGCACUCAAAUGGCCUUCAGAUGUUACCCCGAGGCGUGCAAGCGUGAACAGCUUUGGAUUUGGAGGUACUAAUGUUCAUGCCAUCAUCGAGCAGUAUAUCCCCUCUUCUACAACCUCCCCAUGUCGGCAGACCCCAGCUGCCAGCGACUUCUUUGCCGGUCCGUUAUUAUUAUCAGCAUGCACGGGACCCUCACUAGCUACAAGUAUCGACAGUCUAGCUGAUACAUUGGAGGCGGAAACCAUCGAUUUAUCGAUCGAAGAGCUCGCCUUCUUCACCCAAACUCGUCGAAGCACAUUCCAGCAACGUAUUUACUUCCCCGGAGGAAGCAGAGCCGACCUCAUCAAAGCCUUGCGAGACACGACUCGCUCGGCUACUACAGCGUCCAAUAUUGGUACCAGAGCUCCGACGAAAUUGAAGUGGAAGACGCCUGGCGUCUUGGGCGUCUUCACUGGCCAAGGCGCGCAAUGGGCAACAAUGGGCAACAGACUGUUCGAAAGCUGUCAUGCGUUCCGAGAGAGCAUGUCCGCUUGCGAGGCCGCCCUUCGCUCACUACCCGAUGCGCCUAGUUGGUCACUCACAAAAGAGCUACUUCGCGAGCAGUCUGAAUCACGCCUACACGAAGCAGCACUCUCUCAACCUCUUUGCUCAGCUGUCCAGAUAGCUCUGGUAGAUACAUUGGCAGCUGCCGGUAUAACAUUUCGUGGUGUUGUAGGACACUCCUCGGGCGAAAUUGCUGCUUGCUAUGCCGCUGGCCUGCUGUCGGCCGAGGAUGCUAUGCGUGUCGCAUACUACCGCGGACUGCACGCUCACUUUGCGCAGGGCCAGCAGGGGCAGCAGGGUGCCAUGAUGGCCGUCGGUCUGGGCUUUGAUGAUGCUGAGACUUUCUGUGAGCGCUUCGACGGCCGUCUGAGCGUGGCCGCUAGCAACUCUCCUACAUCGAGCACGAUCUCCGGUGACAAGGACGCUAUUCUCGCUGCCAAAGAAUCGCUGGAAGAGCAAAAGACCUUUGCAAGGCUGCUGAAGGUAGAUACUGCCUAUCAUUCAUCCCACAUGCUCCCGAGCGCCAAACCAUACCUGGAUUCGUUGAAGGCAUGCAACAUCCAAGUGCGGCCUCAGAACGAUGAGUGCAUCUGGAUCUCAUCAGUUCAUGGUCACGCUGAGCUUCUCGACGACCCAGAAGAUCUGUCCGAGCUCACUGGCGAAUAUUGGGUAGCCAACAUGUGCCAGCCAGUGUUGUUCUCCGAAGCCGUGGAAUGCUCUUUAUGGCGCGCAGGUCCAUUUGAUGUUGCGAUAGAGGUUGGUGCACAUCCAGCGUUGAAAGGACCUACGAGUCAAACUAUCAGUAACGUACUAGGCGCCAACGCGGUGCCCUAUACCCCAACUCUGCAACGAGGCAGCGAUGACAUCGAGGCAUUCUCAGCGACGCUCGGGUUGUUGUGGACUGUCAUUGGGAAUUGCGUGGACUUCAACGGCUGGAGAGAAGCAUACCUGGGCCGCGAAGGCUCAAAGACCGUGAUACCUCUCAAGAACCUACCGAGUUAUAGCUGGUCUCACGAGCAAGUUUUCUGGAAAGAGAGCCGGCUCUCGCGAAGAUACAGACUCGCGGAGCGAACACCGCAUGAGCUCCUUGGCCGCCGAAUGGCUGAUGACUCGGACAAUGAGAUGCGCUGGCGAAAUAUCAUGAAGGUCACCGAAAUGCCGUGGUUACGAGGCCAUGUGUUUCAAAAAGCCAUCCUGUUCCCCACCAUCGGGUAUGUAGCGAUGGCAAUAGAAGCUGCUUCAGAAAUUGUGGGAUCACGUCUCAAGCUGGUCGAGAUUCGUGAUUUGAUUAUUCCACGUGCUUUGGUACUUGAGGAUAACCACAAUGGAGUUGAGACGAUGUUCUCUGUCCGCCGCCAGCCGGGCCACAGCGAUUUGGUGAUAGAGACAGACUUUGCAUGUCACUCCAGCGUCAACAAUGGCAAUUUGGAGAAGAAUUGUAGCGGACGCCUUAUCAUCGAGCUGGUUCCGGAUCCUGAUGAGGGCGACGGAGAGUCGUUGCCAGCACGAUGUCCUCCACGCUCGGGUACCACAUCGAUGGGCGGCGAAGCGUACUAUCAAGCCAUUUUAUCAACCACUGGCCUAGAUUAUCAGGGUCUUUUCCGGGGCAUGAAGCACAUCCGCCGAUCGCUCGGCUUCUCCAGCGCCCAGGCAUCCUGGCCUGUCGAAGAGGUUGGAAAUCGUUAUCUCUUACAUCCUGGCCUCCUUGACGUGGCUCUCCAGGCCAUCUUAGCAGCCUUUGUCAAUCCCACACGCAUACCGAUACGAGGCUCAUUCUUGCCCUCCGCAUUGUCCCGGCUGGUUUUCGAUCCCCAUGCUCAGACCAUAUCCAAUGAUGGCAGAGAGGUAGUCUUUGAAUCGGAUUGCUUCCUGACAGAAAAUACUGCUCGCUCUUUCGAAGGGGAUAUUCACGUAUUUGGACCUUCGGGACAGUGUUUUCUGCAAGUCGAGGGCUUUAGAAUGGAUAAUUGGGCGGAGACGAGUGCUGCAGAGGAUCGACCGAUAUUCUCUCGUCUCGAAUAUCAGCCAGACCUCUUUUACGCCGACGCUAGCAGCCUUGCCGAGCUUGAUCCCGAUGCCGCUGAACUGCGGCUCAUCGAGGCUAUCAAUCGAGCGUCUUUCUACUAUCUCCGCGCAUUUUUUUCGACAAUAUCCGAAUCGGAAGUCGCAGAAUGGACGUGGGAUCGAAAAGCGUUCUGGAAUGCUACCAUGAGGGUCCUCUAUAGCACCACGGAGGGCAAGCAUCCAGUGGCGCAGAAGUCUUGGCUUGACGAUACAGCUUCUCUUAUGACCGAGUACAAACUGUCGUCCGAGUUCCAGGAUCAAGCCGAUAUGAAAGCUAUUCAUGUAGCGGGAGAGCAUCUUGCCAAGGUCAUGAUAGGAGAGGAACGCCCUCUCGAGGUCUAUCUACGGGAAGACGUCUGGGCGCCGUUAUAUUCACGUGGACGCUACCAGGUCCGACUCAACCGCACCAUAGCUGAGAUUGCUCGUGGCCUCUCUCACCGAUUUCCCAAUGCGAAAUGGCUCGAAGUCGGAGCGGGUAGUGGGGGCACCACAAUUUCGGUGUUGGAGCAUAUUGGUGAAGCUCUCUGUCAAUAUACCUUCACUGACGUUUCAGCGGGCUUCUUCGAGAAAGCACGAGAGCGAGUAGCCCAUACAAAGGCUGCUGCAGCCGAUCGCAUGGCGUAUAAAGUCUUGGAUCUGGAACGAGAUCCAUUGGACCAAGGCUUUGAUCCAGAAUCUCAAGAUGUGGUCAUAGCAGCCAACGUGUUGCAUGCUACAGCCGACUUAAGCAAAGCCGUGAAGAACGUACGCCGUUUGCUGAAGCCCGGCGGCUACCUGCUCAUGUUGGAAGUGACCGGAGAAUACCUUGAAGGUCUGCUUCUGAUGGGCACGCUGGCCGGGUGGUGGCUUGGGAAUCCCGAGGGGAAUGCGAGUCAGCCUGGUCUGACGCUACAAGGAUGGGACGAUCUUUUGCGAGACACUGGAUUCACUGGCGUUGACAAGCAUCAAAGCGAUGUUCCGGACUCUACAACGCAAGCUGUGUCGGUCGUUGUUUCCCAGGCCACCGAUACGAGAGUCGAUAUCCUUCGCCAGCCGCUUGACUUCCUAGACGACAUACCCAUCAGUGAUCAGGUCCUGAUCGUCGGCGGAAAGUCAUUGGCCAUGUCGAAAGUAGCUCGGACGAUCUCUCAGCAAGUAGCUCGCUUUGCUGGACGUGUCGAAGUCGUCGGAAGCAUUGAACAGAUUGACCCCGACAUCCAUCUCACCACCCGGACCGCUGUGAUCGCUUUUUGCGAAUUGGAACGACCCUUCUUCUCCGAUGAGAUUACCGAGACGCGUCUCCAAAAGCUGCAGAGUCUCUUCUCUUCUGCCUCUGAUUUGCUUUGGGUUACGCCCGGCCUUGUUGAUGACCACGGCGAGGCGGCCAUGAUGAUAGGGCUUUGUCGGACGUUAGUGAUCGAGUUGGACCAGCUCAAUCUCCAAUUCCUAAACACCACCACCCGAGGCUCUCGUCCGCCCGACGGUCGUUUUAUUGUCGAAGCGUUUGUGCGUCUGAAGUUGGGCGCUUCCGAUACUUUUGCCGCGUCACCAAUCCUAUGGUCGAAUGAGCCCGAGCUGACACUGACAAGCACGGGAGAGGUCUUGAUUCCACGCUUGAAGCCAGAUGCAUCACGCAACGCCCGGGUAAACUCGGCUGCACGCAAAAUCACCAAAACCUUGAAAGCCAGCGAUAUGGCCUCUCACAAAUGCACGGCAGUUUUUGAUGAUGGCAAGAUCCAUCUCGAAGAAGACUUGCCAUGGUUCCCGGCCGGCCAUUCGGAUCCCGGUGACGUGGUCUCGCUCCAGAGCAUAAUCUCCGUCACUUUGCCGCACUGUUCAUCGGCUGUCCUUGUGUCUGGAGUGGAUGAGGAAAGAAGAGCUGUCCUUGCUGUUGUCCAGGAUCACACUUCCAAGCUAGUUCUGCCCCGCCACUCGGUACUGUACCCGAGAACAGCUGGAGCAGCCAUCACCGCGCACCAGCUCCGAUUUUGCGCUCAGACCAUCCUCGCCCACCACAUACUUGCGGCGAUCCCGCCGCGUGCGUCAUUGCGGGGGUCCCGAGUGCUCGUACACGGUGCUUCUGCAGCUCUCGUGCAGGCUGUAACGGAGUUGGCUGCAGACCAAGGCCAUACAUGUAUCCACUUCUCUCAUUCGUCAGGAGGCAUCUCGGGCUCCGUCCGCCUGCACCCACGAUCAUCCAACUUCAUUCUGCAACGAUCUCUGCCUCCCAAUAUCGGCUUUGUCCUGGCUCUGACCAGAGACGAUGCCGUUAGCACCAAGCUGAUGUCCAUCUUCCCGGGCAAGACGUUGGAGGUGGAUGCAUUGCUCUCCGAGGGAGUACCUUCCCUUCUUGCAGACCUGGAGAGCUUUGUCAAUCGCGCCCUGUCAAGCGUCCAUACCACUGAUGACAAAGAAGGGGCGCCAAUCCCAGCGCAUCGCUUGCCGAAUUUGCCAGCUUCCUCGCUGCGUUACCCUACAGUUGUCGACUGGUCCGGAGCUGACGAAACCCCUUUGCCGAUUACGAUUCGCCCUAUCCAUGGCCGCGGGAUGUUCUCUGCAGACAAGUCGUACCUCAUGGUCUCUUUAGUCUCAACCCUUGGUCGUUCCAUCUGCAAAUGGAUGAUUGAGAACGGCGCGAGACAUAUUGCACUGGCAAGCCGCAGCGGCAAAGUCGACCCUCAAUGGCUGGAAGAGAUGGCUGACCUUGGAGCUCAAGUGCGUGUGUACCGAAUGGAUGUGUCAGAUAAACAGUCUGUGCAGAGUACUGUUGCUACGAUCCGUGCCGAGAUGCCGCCCAUUGCAGGAGUCGCCAACGCCGCCCUCGUGCUUCGAGACCGUCUGUUCCUUGACAUGCAGGCGUCAGACAUGACGGAAGUUCUUGCGCCCAAGGUGGAUGGAUCGUUACAUUUGUCCGAGGAGUUUCAGGACCCAACACUCGAUUUUUUCAUCCUGUUUUCAACUCUAUCUUGUGUGAUUGGCAACGCAGGACAAUCCAACUACGACGCAGCGUCUCUCUAUCAAGUCAUGUUGGCCAAACGUCGCCGACAGCAAGGACUUCCUGCGUGUGUAAUGGAAAUUGGUGCCGUAGCAGACGUCGGAUACGUUGCUGAACGUGGUCAAGCCUUGUUUGACAAGCUGGCACGUACCAUGAAGCUUCCGCUCUCCGAGUCUGACGUCCAUCAAAUCUUUGCCGAGGCCGUCGCAGCGAGUCGAAUUCGGCCGGAUGAAGAGGUGGAUUCUACUACCGCUGAGCUUGUGACUGGAAUGGGGUACUACAACUAUACUCGCAAUACCCCAAUCGAGGCCCACCCCCCCUGGUUCAACAAUCUGCUUGCCUCGCACUACGUCAGGGAAGAACGCGGAUCGAACAUACUAGCCGCAGACACAGCGGGCGACCAUCUUUCCGUGGCUGCUCGACUCGAUGCGACUACGUCAGAAGAGGCAGCCGUUGCUGUGCUUACUCAAGCGCUGGCGGAUAGAGUGGAGAGGAUGUUGCAAAUGUCGAGUGGAAGCUUCAAGACUGACGCAUCCUUGCUUGAUGCUUCGAUCGACUCGCUCCUUGCCGUCGAGCUGCGUACCUGGUUCUUGAAAGAGAUACACGUGGAUGUACCUGUCCUCAAAAUCCUCAGCGGAGAAAGCGGCGAGGGUAUCUGUACUUUUGCCGCUAGUCAGUAUCUCGCAGAGCAGACCAAAGUGCGCACCGAAGCGCUCAAGGCAGAGCCCACCUCAUCGGGAACAGAUUCGCGACGGGGACCAACAAGCACUUCUUCUUCUGAUGCUGAGUCAUCUUCACCUGAUUCCAAUGGCAAUGACGUGGAUGAUUCGACGAGCUUGAGCACGAUUGGAUCCGAAUGCAAAGAGGAAACUGAAGAGGAAGAUUUGCCACAGACACUUCUCCAAAAUACCGCGGCCAUGACGCACUCCCAGGCACGGUGAGUCCCGAACUGCAUUCAUUACAGCGUCUUCGCGCACCGCAAACUUACCUCGACAACUAAUAUCGCUGAUUUUGCACUGCCCGGCUCGUUGUUAUUAUGGUUUGAUGUUCGAGGACGCUGUACGCUAGAUUGAAAAUGAAAUUUACCUUGCUGACGAGUCGCAUGUGUUCGCUGUAGAUUGUGGAUCGCCGACCACAUCUCAUCAAGUCACUCUCAGAAUAACAAUCUGCUUACCUAUGAUGUCCACGGAGUUCUUCACGUCGCCCGUCUCCGCCGUGCAGUUGCGAUGGUCGUCGCCCAUCAUCCAGGACUACAUACUUGCUUUCUCCGGGAUGCGUCAAACGCACUGCGCCAAGGCCUUCUCAAAUCUCCUGUAGAUUGCUUCAGACACAUUACAACAUCCGUUGAAAGUAGCGAGGAUGCUGAAAUAGCGAGAGCAGUGCGAGAAGACCUACGUACGCGAAAGUGGCGACUGCCGCAGGGCCAUGCCCUCGAGAUUGUCUUGAUAUCCCAUUCGACCAACGAACAUACGCUGUUGAUCGGCUAUCAUCACAUCAUCAUGGACGGAACAUCCUGGCGCACGUUCUUCCGAGACCUACACAUGGCCUAUCAAGGAGCAGCUCUACAAGCUCCGGGCAAGUCGUUGAUGGACGUUGCCAAUCACGACAUUUCAGACGCCGCGGAUAGCGUAAACACCUUCUGGCUGCAAGAGCUAUCGCCGCUUCCUGAGCCUUUUCCCCUUCUCCCAUUUGCAUCUGCUCAGUCACGCCCUCCCCUUGACAAGGUCUCCAAUCACAGCAGCCUCGUACCGUUGGAUGGGACAAUAGCGGAGCGUAUCAAAGAGAUCAGUCGAGCUCUUGGUGUCACCCCCGUUAACCUUUACUUGGCCGCGGUGCAGUACCUCCUGACCCGUAUAGCCGAUACGGAUGAUAUUUGCAUUGGGGUGACAGACCCUGGGCGUGAUUCCGAGACUGCUGAGAGCAUUGGCUUCUUCCUCAACUUGUUACCAUUACAUCUUAGAGCCAACGAGGCCAUUUCCUUCGGACAAUUGGUACAGCGGGUCAACAAGACCUAUCGAGGCGCUCGAGAGCACGCAGAUGUCCCCUUCGAUACGAUACUGGACAAAUUGGGCGUCAGCCGCGAUCCGACAUAUACACCUCUCUUCCAGGUCGGCUUCGACGUCCGUCACGGGCAGUCUGCAGGAAUGCCUCUCGGAAACUGCCAAAUGCAAAUUCGGGAAUCUGUCGACUCGGCACUGAUGUACGACAUCACGUUCUGCGUCAUACCAAUGUCUGCUCCUGGACCGUCUUACAUCCAAGUCCUUACUCGGUCCGACCUGUACUCGCAAGAGGCCACCGUGUUGCUGACUCAAAUGUAUACCACGCUUCUCGAGAGUGCGGUCCAAGGGUCUACCGUGGAUGCUCCUCUGAAUCGUCUUCAGAUAUAUCCUCGCACUGGCAUUCAGAAAGCUCUGGAGUAUGGCGCACCAAAGCCAAAGAAAUUCGUCGGCUGGCCUUCUACCAUUACGGAACGAGUAGAAGGAGUGUGUCGAGACUUUCCGGCUACCACUGCAAUCACAGAUUCCCAGAGCUCCAUGACCUACGAGGGAUUAAGCAGCGCCAUUGCGUCCCUGUGCGUGCGCAUUGUUCCUUACCGAAGUGGCCGGAUCGCCGUUCUCUGCGAGCCUCAGCGAGAUUGGGUAGUCUCGAUGUUGGCGACGUUCCGCAUCGGCGCAACAUUUGUGCCUCUCGAUUCAACGCUGCCUCCUGCGCGACUUGUAUCCAUUCUUCGUGCUUGCAAGCCAAGCCUCAUUUUGUGCCAUCAUCCGACCGCCGCUCUGGCCUCUCGGAUCAUCCUCGAGUCUCAGUUGGCGGUCCAGGCUUUCCAUUUCGAAGACACGCCUACGAACGCCGCCACCGCCGACAACAUCGGAAACCUCGAAGAUCCCAGCCUGGCAUCCCUCAUCCUUUGCACGAGUGGCACAUCGGGUGUUCCCAAGGCAACCUUACUCUCUUCCAUGGGUAUUCUCAACUUCCUUGCCAACCAAGGUGAGCUUCAGAAUAUACGGCCAGGCGAAGUUGUCUUGCAAAAGAGCAAUCUCGGUUUCGACAUGGCGUUUUCUGAAUCUCUGCUUGCGCUUACGCAUGGAUGUACACUGGUCAUUGCACCACAAGCAAGUCGGGGAGAUCCCGUGGCUAUCAGCAGUUUGAUGGCCCUGCAAAACGUCAACAUUACUCUGGCAUGUCCAACUGAGUACCUUAUGUGGCUCAGAUACAGCAGUGACGCUCUCUCUCGUUUGUCCGAGUGGCGUCUGGCGUUAUCAGGAGGCGAGAAAGUCCCCGAAGCUCUGCGAAGGGAAAUGCGAAAUCUCCCUUCCCCUCCUGUCUUCCAAGACGCCUACGGACCGACGGAAAUUUCUAUUUGUGCGACCAUGCAGCACGACGAAACACCCUUGGCAGAGUAUCCUCUGACGGCAAGUGCGACAUCGGUCGGUCGUCCGCUUUACAAUGUUGGCAUCUUCAUUGUCGAUGCUCAGGGCUCACUCUGCCCACCUGGAGUUCCAGGAGAGAUAUGUGUUAGCGGAGUAGGGGUCGCUCUUGGAUACGUGGAUGCGAGUGCUACUGCGAAGUCAUUCAUUGAAAACUUUGAAGUCGAUUGUGAAGGUGGAGCGACACGCUCUGAAGGACGGGUGUACAAAACUGGCGACAGAGGCGUCUGGAGAGAAGACGGCACGUUGGGCUACCUGAGUCGAAUGAGCAGUGAUACUGUCGUCAAAAUCCGCGGCUUGAGGGUGGACUUGACUGAUGUUGAGAAUGCAAUCCUCACGCACGGUUCAGACAUGAUCUUCGAGACUGUGGUCGCGCUACAUCAGCAGGAAGACGACUCGUAUCUUGUCGCAUUCGUGGUGCCGCGACUCCAUAGCAAUGCUGCUCCAGCAUCCAGUCAUGAACGGGAAGAGGAAAAUCCGAAGCACGACCAAGUCGAAGCUUCGUCGGAAGACCUGAUGCAGCGAUUGCCCCUUCCACGACACAUGAAGCCUAGCCGUGUUGUAGUAUUGACCGAAAUGCCUCUGUCGGCGAACGGGAAAGUGGACCGCCGACAAUUGGCCCAGGCUCCAUUGCCGCCACGGGGAAGCGCUAUCCAGCAGCAUAGUGACCCAGCCAACAUGAAUACACUGAUACAGGUCCAGCUUCAUCUCCUGUGGGAGCGUGUGCUUGAUCGCACUGAUAUUCCCCGGCGGACCGAUGUCGAUUUCUGGGCCAUGGGCGGGUCGUCUCUGCGUUUGGUGAAACUACAAACAGCUAUCCGGACGGAGAUGCUUCUCAAUGUGUCUAUACGGGAUAUGUUCCAGCACAGUACGAUUGGCGGUAUGGCAGAUCUUAUCGCCGACCAAGCAACGCAUCGGCCUGCUCAUCAGCCAAUCCGAUGGGACCAAGAGACGAGACUCACCGAUGAUUUGAGAAAAGCCCUCAUUUCACCGCCCUCGGGCGAGGUGCCUUCGCCAGGCAUGGUAUCUUGUAGUGAGAUUCUCUUGACGGGCGCAGAUUCCUUCCUUGGUGGCCAUAUCUUGCAACAUCUGCUUCGCAAUGAUUCGAUACGCCGUGUUCACUGCAUCGCGGUGCCUUCGUCUGCAAACCUCCCGGCCGAGGGACUAGAGCGGAUCACGAUCUACGAAGGGGCUCUUCAUAGGCAGAGCUUUGGCCUAGAGGAAGAAGUGAUCGCAAGGCUUACCGAGAAGGUUGACCGCAUCAUCAUUGCCGGAAGCCAUGGCCACUGCUUGAACAAUUAUGCCUCUCUCCGCCAACCGAACGUCACGAGUACGAAAUGGCUAGCGACUUGGGCAUCUCGGCGGCGUAUCCCGCUGCACUUCAUCUCAUCCAGCCGGGUUACACUUCUCCCCGAGAACUCGCAAGCAGCCCUGCCGCCCAUUAGUGUCAAGGAGCAUCAGCCGCCACUUGACGGCUCGGACGGGUUCACGGCAUCCAGAUGGGCCAGCGAGGUUGUUCUGGAACAUGUGGCAGCAGAAGCUAGCAAUAGCGGGCCGGGGUUUCCUAUCACUAUCCAUCGUCCCUGCGCACUCGUCGGUAGCGAAGCUCCUUCCGAGGAUGCGCUCAACGCCGUUCUCAAAUGCUCGUACCUCAUGAGCGCCGUACCGCAGCUCUCCAGAUUGCCAGUGUCUGGAUACUUCGACUUCGCACCCGUCGAAGAUGUCGCAGCAGAGAUCGCUACUGCUGUCGCAGCCUUGGAGCAACCAGCCUGUCUUCGCUUCCGUCACUACAGCGGAGGUACCAAAGUGCCACCGAGUGAGUUUCAGGGAUAUAUGGCAAAAGUGUAUGGCAAGGAAUUUGUGGAGCUUGAGUUCGAUGAGUGGGUUGCCAGGGCUCUUGACGUUGGCAUGGAGCCGAUGAUUGGCGUGUAUCUGCGGACGAUCGUUGAGAGUGGUAAGGAGAUGGUGUUUCCGUUCAUGGGAUCACCGGCGAAGUCUUGA